GACAGUAGAGGAGUCGGCGGCGUCGACAUUCUCGUCAACAAGAGUUUGUCCAUGAACAUCGAUUCAUUCGAACAACUAACUACCCGAAUCGGAUAUUUGCGAUUAAAAAGAAGUGGAUUUUUGACGAUCUUUGUCGUUUACGCGCCGACAUCAAACUAUGACGAAGAAGAAGACGAUGCGUUCUAUAUGGACUUGGAGAAGUUCUACACAGAAGACCACAUAUUCUUCAAGAAAACCCACCCUCAACGCUGGACGUGGCAGUCUCCCAAUGGAGAGUACCUUAACGAAAUAGACCACAUCAUGGUAAAUCGACGGCUUUCCCUUACUGGUCUCGCUGUUGUCCCAAAAUUCUAUAUGGGAUCAGACUACCGCCUCUUUCGUGCAAACUUUUAUUUCUCAUGGAAAGGAGCCGCUAAAUUCAAAAAACGAAGUGCAAGAACCACCAUAAACUGGUACUUGUUCAAUUCGUCAGCCGGUUGCUGGGAAGAUGCCGUUCUCGACAAUAUCGACGAAGAAUACGAUCGGCUCAUUUAA